GACGCUGGUGACAAAAGAGGGUGGCAGCCGCGGCCCAGAAAACCACACACGAUGACGGACGCAGCGCUCUUGAGCUUGGACCGCGACGUCUUCCUGCGGCUCUUCGCCUCGGACGCCAAGGUCUCCGAGUUCGUCUUCAUGGAGAUGAAGGGCCUCGCGAAGAAGGUCGCGACGAAGCAAGCGAUCCCGGACGGGCUGCCCGAGAACCUCUUGACCAUCGUGGCCCGCGUCCUCGCCGCCGACGAAGCGCCGAUCGACCAGCUCGUGCAACGUGGCAUCUUCUCGCUCUCGCGCCUCCUCGUCAUGUGCUCGGUCUACGCAGAGAGCAACGUCCAAGCCAUGCAGUGGGUCGUCGAGCGCCUCUUUGCCCGCGCGCCGCUCCUCAAGGAGCAGAUGCCGAUGCAGCAUGCGGUCUUCUACCAGGCGCUGGUCGAGCUGCAUGGGCGCGCCAAUACGCUCAAGGACGCCGACGAGGCGGCCACAGAGCUUCUCGAGCAGCUACAGGAUAUUGCGCAGUCGGUCGAAGCGCUUGGCGCCUGCUCGCCGACGUUUCUCGACGUCUUGACGCCGCCGGGCCAGCCGCUGGCACAAGCGUUUGAUGGCAACACGCUCCUGCACGCCCUUCUCGUCGCAUACGAAUGCGACCUUCCGAUGCUCGAACAGACGAUUGGUGACAAGCACUCGGCUCGUGUGCUCCUUGGGAAGACGCGCCACCACCUCCUCACGUUGCUGGACCACUGGCUCGAACACCACCUCCUCUCGGCCAUGCGAAGUCGACCGACCGAGGCGGACGAGGCCUGUGAGACGCUCUUCUCGCUGCUCGACGCGCUUCUGCACGGCAACGCAGCGCCGUCGAUCGUCACGGAGCACGGCUCGUUGCUCUCGGACUACAACCAAUGCUUUGAUCUGACGCGAAAUUGUGCGACCGCGUUUGCGGCGGCCGGUAUCGACAGCACGCGCGCCGAGUACCUCGGUAUGAUGCUCAACGGUCUGCCCGUCCGCGCGGCGCCCGCCCCUGUCACGCCCAUGGCACCGCCGACGCCAUCUGCCACUACCGACGUCGACACGUCCGCGCUCAUCGCACAAGUCCGCGACGUCUUUCCAGACCUUGGCGAUGGCUUUUUGGAGCUAUGCAUCAAGGCGUGCAAGCACCAAGCGGACAACGUCAUCAUGGCGCUUCUCGAAGACGCUCUGCCCGCCGAGGUCUCGUCGCUCGAUCGGCACAUGACCAAGACCGACCCGGCGUACAUUACGUUGACGGCGCCCAAGCCGACGGCAACCGUCGACAAGACGCAAGUUUGGGUCGGGAAGAAGAAGCAAGCGGCGACGUACAAGGCCGAGAGUGCCAAGGACGAUGCGGCGACGGCCGCCAAGACACAGGCGCUCAUCAUGGCAUACGACGAAGAACCGCCGCUGUGGAUGGAUGCACCGAAUAUCAACGAGUACAACGACGACUACAACGACGAGCUCGAAGAAUACGAACCGUUUGGCGUCCAUGACGAUGAGCCGACCGACUAUGAAGAGAUCAAGGCCCGCAACAAGAUGGUCCGUGCACAGGAAGCCGAAGACGCCUACUGGGAAGGCAUGCGCAACAAAAACCAUGAUACCGCAGUGUCGAUGCAAGAGAAGAAGACGGACGACGACGAGGCCAAGCCGCCGGCACCCCAAGGCCGCCGCACGACCAAGGCCAAGGGCGGCGCGAUCGGCGCCGAAGACAAGACAGCGUCGGAGGACCCGAAAAAGCAAAUGAUCAACCGGGCGCGCAAGGAGCAUAACAAAGCGAAAGUGGGCAACCACCACCGCAAGGAAGGUGCGCGGCGAAAGCAGGCCAAAGGCAUGGCGUAGAGACAACGUGAUAAGCGAGAAGAUCCACUUGUCCAUCCAACGCCAUCGUGUGUAU